CCGCCGGGACGAGGGCCGGAGCGGGGCGGGAUGUUGGCGGUGCUGGGGCCGGAGCGGCCGCAGGUGGUGUCGCACGUCCAGCAGGCGCUGAGCUACACCGUGUUCGACUGCAAGUGGGUGCCCCGCAGCGCCCGCCUGCUGUGCCUGGGCAGCGCCGCCCGCGGCACCGGCGUCAUCCAGCUGUACGAGCUGCACGGAGCGCGCCUGGAGCUGCUGCGGGAGAUCAAAAAGCCCAAACCUAUAAAAUGUGGAACUUUUGGUGCUACAUCUCUGCAGCAAAGAUACUUAGCUACAGGAGAUUUCGAUGGAAACCUUCACAUAUGGAAUUUAGAAGCUCCUGAAAUACCAGUGUAUUCUGUGAAAGGUCAUAAGGAAAUCAUAAACAGUAUAGAUGGUGUAGGUGGCUUAGGAAUUGGGGAAGGUGCACCAGAAAUUGUGACUGGCAGUCGAGAUGGAUCUGUGAAGGUGUGGGACCCAAGGCAGAAUGACACUCCUGUGGCAAAUAUGGAACCUGUGGAGGGGGAGAGCAAAAGAGACUGCUGGACUGUGGCAUUUGGCAAUGCUUACAAUCAAGAGGAACGUGUUGUAUGUGCUGGAUAUGACAACGGGGACAUUAAAUUGUUUGACUUAAAAACCAUGUCACUGCGAUGGGAGACCAACAUUAAGAAUGGGGUUUGCAGUGUGGAGUUUGACAGAAAAGAUAUAAAUAUGAAUAAGCUGGUGGCCACGUCGCUUGAGGGAAAAUUCCAUGUCUUUGAUAUGAGAACUCAGCAUCCAACCAAAGGUUUUGCUUCUGUUUCAGAGAAGGCACAAAAAUCUACCAUUUGGCAGGUCCGGCACCUGCCACAGAACAGAGAUAUAUUUGUGACAAGUGGAGGAUCUGGGAGCCUUCAUCUCUGGAAAUAUGAGUACCCAGCCCAGCGCUCGAAGAAGGAUUUGGAAGGAUCUGAGAUGGGGGUGGCAGGGUCUCUCAGUCUCUUGCAGAAUGUGACUCUGUCAACACAGCCCAUCUCCUGCCUGGACUGGAGCCCUGACAAGAAGGGACUUUGUGUCUGUGGGGCUUUUGACCAAACUGUGAGGGUGCUGAUAGUUACAAAGCUUAACAAAAUUUGACAAGAAAACUAGAAUUUCUGAUGAGAAAGCAAUAUAGUUUGCAGUCUGUAAAUAUGGCAGGGAGAGCCCUUCUAUUUCUCAUUUAAUUUCUUCUUUAAUAAAACUGGAUUAAAGAAAUAGAAGCCAGAUUUUUCUAUUGAAAGUUCAGAUACGUGCAAUCAGAGUUGUUUGGCUGAUUGUGCUGUCAUGACUUGAAGUUUCCUGGGCACAAAAUUUAACUUUCUAGAAAUGUGAAUUUACACUGAAAAUAAAAUGUGCCUUUAUGUUAACACAGCUCUGUAAUUUCAGAGUUCACUUGAGUUUGUGUUCAGUUUAUUCAUAGUGCAAAUCUCUUCACACUUGUUGAAUGGUUUGGCUUUAUUAUAUAUAGUGUUGUCCAUGUGUAUUCAUGCAGUGGGAACUACUACAGAAACUUGUUGUGUUUCUGGAUUUAUUAAUUAGAAUGUUUGUUAAAGUGACUUAGGAUUCUUUAUUACAAUAGAGAAACAAUAACAAAGGCUAAAAUACUCAGGUUAAAGGAGUAAGGUUUUUUUUGAAGAUCAUACUGAAAUCAAACUAUCGAGAAAAAUGCACUGUUUUAUUAUUUUAGUUGGGUUUCCUAUUAAGUUUAUAUGUUCUGUUGUUUUUAUAUCUGUUUUCAACUUGAUAUUCUACAAAUAAAAUUAUAUGUAGUGUUUUCUUAAUGUGAA